UGUUUGUGGUUGUUGCGUAAUGGUGUUUGACCCUUGGAGCGUAGUGACAGUGUUAUUCUUUUGCCAUGCUGCGAUUCCAGCCUUCAAGAACAGAAUAAUCUCUAGAUGCUGUUGCAGGAUAGCUUUGAUCAGAAGGAUGUCUGGAUGUAUAGCUCACAUGACUGUACUGAAGCAGCUCAUACCUCGGUCGAACUCUGUCUGGAAACCAGCAGUUAGGUGUGUCUCCCAGUCUGCACAUCGGAAGCUGCUCCCAGACGACUAUGACUAUGAUGGACCACAUCUCGUUACACAGGUUCCAGGGCCUCGCUCCAAGAUGCUGCUGGAAUCUUUGGACUCCAUUCAGAACACGGAGGCAGUUCAGUUUUUCUGUGAUUUUAAGAAGAGCAGAGGAAACUGGCUGGUGGAUGCAGAUGGGAACCGACUGCUGGAUGUGUACAGCCAGAUAGCCUCUCUACCUCUGGGAUACAACCAUCCUGCCAUUGUUUCUGCUCUUGCUGAUGAAAGCAACUUGAGCGCGUUCGCAAACCGUCCUGCACUGGGAGUGCUGCCCCCUGUUGACUUCCCUGACACUUUGCAGAAACUUUUGUCGCGUGUGGCUCCUCCUGGGCUCAGUCAGGUGCAGACAAUGGCAUGUGGCACCUGUGCUAACGAGAAUGCUUUCAAGGCUGUCUUCUUCUGGUACAGGGCCAAACAAAGAGGCAGUCUCAUUCACACUGAAGAAGAACUGGAGUCAUGUAUGAGACAUGAGGCACCAGGCAGCCCAAAUUUGUCAAUAUUAGGCUUCAAAGGUGGAUUCCAUGGCCGAACCAUAGGCUGCUCUAGUAGCUCACAUGCAGCACCACUCCACAAGGUGGAUGUGCCGGCCCUGGACUGGCCCAGUGCACCGUUUCCUGCCACCAAGUACCCGCUAGAUGUGAACACACAGGAGAACAGACAGGAGGAGGAGAGAUGUCUGGACAAGGUGUUUCAGUUGAUGCAAGAGUACAAGAACAAGGGUCGACCAGUAGCUGGGGUGGUGGUGGAGCCCAUUCAGUCUGAAGGCGGGGACCGCCAUGCCUCAAACAAUUUCUUCAGACAGCUACGGAAACUAGCAAAGGAGAACGGGUCAGCAUUUGUUGUAGAUGAGGUACAGACUGGAGCAGGUCUGACUGGGAAGAUGUGGGCACACGAGUACUGGGGACUGGAGGAGUCUCCUGACAUCGUCACCUUCUCCAAGAAGAUGGUGAUCGGAGGGUUGUACUUCAAGGAGGAGUUCAGGCCAAAGGGGCCCUUCCGGAUCAUGAACACAUGGCUGGGUGACCCUGCCAAGCUGGUGAUUAUGGAAGCAGUGCUAAAUGUGAUUCACAAAGAUCGGCUGUUGGACAACAUGACAGAGACAGGACAGGUCAUCUUGCAAGGACUGGAGAAACUACAGGACAAACAUGCUGACAUUCUCUCAAAUGCUCGUGGACGAGGGGCCUUCUGUGCAGUAGACUUCCCAGACACUUUGACCAGAGACAGAGCUGUAGCCACACUUAGGAACAAAGGUGUGCAGGGUGCAGGCUGUGGGGUGAAGUCUCUCCGAGUCCGACCGGCUCUCAUCUUCCAGCCACAUCACGCCAGGAUGUUCCUCGACAUCAUGGAGGAAACAACACGGGAGUUGAAGUCGCUAGGGACAUGAUUCUUUGUCAUAAGGACCCACUUUUAAACGUUUUGGUAAAUAAAUAUUUGGGCCUAUAUAUGCUAGAUAUUUCAUCUACAUGUACAUUGUGGUUAGAUUUGUCAUUCCAUUACUAGCCAACCUGUUCUUAAUUCAUUCUGUGAAUAAACAACAUCAUCA